GCGAUGGCUGCCGGGGUUCCCUGCGCGCUGGUUACCAGCUGCUCCGCCACCUUCACCGGGGACCGGCUGGUGCAACGCCCUGGGUCCCACCCCUAGCACCUCACAAACCUGAUGUAUGCCACAUCCUGUAAUCCCGGCACCUAGGAGGUGGAGGCAGAAGGACCAGAUGCUCAGGAAGCUCUACAUUCUCAGAACAGUGUUGGUCUCUGGAAAGAUUGUCCUGAUUUGCCUUGGCAAGUGUCACGCCAUGGAAAGUACGAUUUGGCCACGAAAUCUGUUGGUGUUAAAUAUCCUUGGGACAGAAGAUGCUGUUGUGGAAGCAACUUCCAGCGAUGCUGUGAGGUUUUACCCCUGGACCAUCGAUAACAAGUACUAUUCCGCAGAGGUCAACCUGUGCGUGGUGCCAAGCAAGUUCCUAGUCACUGCGGAGAUUGCCGAGUCAGUCCAGGCGUUUGUAGUUUACUUUGACAGCACACAGAAAUCAGGUCUUGACAGUGUCUCCUCCUGGAUUCCUCUGGCAGAAGCAUGGCUAGCUGAGGUGAUGAUCCUAGUCUGUGAUAGAGUGUGUGAAGAUGGAAUAAACCGACAACAGGCUCAAGAGUGGUGCAUCAAACAUGGCUUUGAGCUGGUGGAGCUCAACCCAGAGGAGCUGCCCGAGGAGGACGAUGACUUCCCUGAAUCUACAGGUGUCAGGCGGAUUGUACAAGCAUUGAAUGCCAAUGUCUGGUCCAAUGUCGUGAUGAAGAGUGACAGGAGCCAGGGCUUCAGCCUUCUCAACUCACUGGCUGGGGCAAACCGCAGAGUUGCAUCAGCAGAAAGCUGUCACUCUGAGCAGCAGGAGCCAUCGCCAACAGCUGAGAGGACAGAGUCCCUCCCUGGCCAUCACAGUGGUGCGUGUAGCUCAGCAGGUGCACAAGUUGACAGCAUUGUCGACCCCAUGUUAGACCUGGAUAUUCAAGAAUUAGCCAGUCUUACCACCGGAGGAGGUGAUCUGGAGAACUUUGAGAGACUCUUUUCAAAGUUAAGAGAAAUGAAAGACAAGGCUGCGACGCUUCCUCAUGAGCAAAGAAAGUUGCAUGCAGAAAAGGUGGCCAAAGCCUUCUGGAUGGCAAUAGGAGGAGACAGAGAUGAGAUAGAGGGCCUUUCUUCUGAUGACGAGCACUGAGUUCUUCCUGCUAGGUUUGACCGACUCCGAUGCCAGCACCGUGUACCCCAAGUGCUUCCCUUCUCAGCGGGGUUCUCUUCUGCCAAGAUCGCCUUUAGCACGCUGGCCACCUGACUGGUUUUUGGGGGUUCCCUUACCUGAGCUUUUAGAAAGGCGCUAGGGAGAAAUCUUUGUUCCUGCCGCAUAAGUGACUGAGGUGUGAAAUGACAGUGUGGAAACCCUGCAGAUCUACAGUCUUCUUUUUAAGAACCUGGGUAAAAUGAGUCUUGGAAAUGUGUAAUACAGGAGAACCAAGUGUCGGAGAACACACUGUGACCUCAGCACCCGAGGGUCUGAGGCCAGCCUGGGUUCCACAGGGAGACCUACUUCUGUGCUAGAUUGCCCUAUUCAUACUGUCUGCAGGUUGGGAGCUUGUGCUAUCUGCUGUGUACUGUCACUGGUCCCCACCAAAAGCACAGCUCUGACCUAAGGUGAAUGCUGGUGACAAGAAAGGCAGCUAUAAAUGUAGAAUGUGCCUAGGGGUUAGGGAACAGGUGGCUCAUGGGUUUGUCUAUUAGUAAGUCCUUAUUAAGUUCAGUGUCUGAGUUCCUGCCACAAAGAAGCAAAAGCCAGGUGCGUAUCUAUAAGAAACAGGCAAAGGUUUCCUCCUCUGGGGAAUGUAAACUCUCCUCUCCCCACUCCUGGGCAAGGGCCCUGAGUGUCCUCAUGUGGACCCAGGGAGCAGCAGUGUUGGUUCCGAGCACACUGCUGACACUGGCAGCCGUGCUCUCUGACCAAGUGCUCUUCCUGGUGGUGUGAGGUUUCAGAGCAGGUCCCCUUCUUUCUGCUUGGAAGCCAGAGGUCGCUGUCAAAGUACCAGUUCCAAGCAGUGCGGGGAGAGGGGAGCCUCCCGGCAGCCAUGUCCUGAGCCACUGUCAUGGUUCACUUCCCAGUGCGGGGAGAGGGGAGCCUCCCGGCAGCCGUGUCCUGAGCCACCGUCAUGGUUCACUUCCCAGUGCGGGGAGAGGGGAGCCUCCCGGCAGCCGUGUCCUGAGCCACCGUCAUGGUUCACUUCCAGGGCUGUUGGCUCCUCCAUAUUCCAAGGGCCCAGCCCCAGGGGAGCAUGGAGCAAAGUUCUAAAGGAAAAGAGGAAAAAAGGUCUAAAGGUGCUUAUUCUAUCAUCACAGACACUUCUGUGAGGCAGGUGUGAGUCUCCUUCAUUGUCGUUGGUCUCUAAGCAUAUGUGGUCAUGUACACUGUGCUCAUCGUGGGCUGAGAGCUGGGCCUGACUUAGUGUCGAACAUGACUUAGGUCAUGACCAGAAACAAGAUGCACCUGCUUGGGUACCACUUAUAGGACCUAAAACAUGCUUGGCCAGGUCAGAACCUACCCAGGGAAGAGGCAUGAUCCUGGUGAUGGUGGUAGUAUAGAAGUAGUGGGUGCUCCGGGUCCCUGUGCUCCCACCCCACCCCCACACUCUGAUCUUGUAAUCUUUGAGCUUGGGUUUACCACUAGCCUUUCAGGGGGACUAAUACUUUAAGGUGAGUGCAUUAGCCACUGGUUAAGAAGGAAAAUUAGGGAAGUUGGCUGUGGGUUGCCAGAAAGGUAGAACAUGUUUUUCUUAAAAUAUGGAAGAUUUUAGAAAAUAUAUUAGGUCGCAUGAUUAGGGAAAAAAUAGACUAGGAAAGGCUGUGGACUUGAUUUUGCUGAUUAAACAAAACCAAGUAAUUAAAAGAUGAUUUAUUUAUAAAGUC